AUGAGCUCAGAUCGUGCUUGUUGGAAUAUCAAGGCUUCCAGAACUGCUCACCAAGCACAUAACCCUAUUCGUGCUAUUGUCGAUAAACUUAAACUCAAUCCUAAUGUCACAAAACCUUUAAUUAGUUUAUCCAUUGGUGAUCCUACCAUCUUUGGUAACUUUAAUACGGAUCCUAGUAUCAAUGAAGCUGUUUCUAAGCAUUUGAAUAGCUAUAGUGCUAAUGGAUAUCCUCCUGCCGAUGGUACUUUGGUAGCACGUACAGCAGUUGCAGAGGCCAAUAAUGAUCCUUCUGCUCCACUUGCACCCAACGAUGUUAUUUUAACUAAUGGAUGCUCUGGUGCCCUUGAAAUGUGUAUUAAUGUUCUUUGUAAUGAAGGACAAAAUAUCCUUUUACCUCGACCUGGCUUUUCACUUUAUGCUUCUUUGGCAGCUACACGUUUUGUUGAACCUAGAUAUUAUAACUUAUUGCCCGAGAAAAACUGGGAAGCUGAUUUAGAACAAUUAGAGUCAUUAAUUGAUGGAAAAACAAGUGCGAUCUUAGUUAACAAUCCUUCAAAUCCCUGUGGUUCAGUCUAUUCUAAAGAGCAUCUUCAAGCCAUCUUGGCUAUUGCUGAAAAACACCAUGUUCCAAUUAUUGCAGACGAAAUUUAUCAUGAUCUUGUUUUUAAGGGCAGAAAGUCAUAUCGUAUGGCUACAUUAACAAAAUCUGUACCUAUUUUGUCAGUAGGUGGACUUGCCAAAAAAUGGCUUGUGCCUGGUUGGCGUAUGGGUUGGAUCUUGAUCCAUGAUCGUAAUGGUGUUUUUGCUCAAGAGGUGCACCAUGGUUUGCACCAAUUAGCUCAACUUAUUUUGGGUCCUAAUUCAAUUAUUCAAGCUGCACUUCCAGAAAUUCUUCAAAAGACACCCGCUUCUUUCUAUCAAGAAACGAUUAAGCAACUUGAGAAAAAUGUGGAUUUGAGUAUCAGAGAAUUAUCUAAGAUUGAUGGCCUAAAUCCAGUGAAUCCUCAAGGUGCUAUGUAUAUGAUGGUUGGUAUUGAUAUCGAAAAGUUUAAGGAUAUUGAAUCUGAUGUUGAUUUCAGUGCUAAACUUCUUAAUGAGGAGAAUGUUGUUUGCUUACCAGGCCAGUGCUUUCAAUAUCCCAACUUUAUAAGACUGGUAAUCACACCUACUUAUGAUAGACUCGAGGAAGCAUACAAGAGAAUAAACGAGUUCUGUGCUAGACACCGUAAAUAA